AUGCAUCUGAUCUGCAGCAAAUCACGUAUCCUUCCGAAGAAAACUAAUAAGGGCAAGCCGAUCACGACUCCCCGUGCCGAACUGCUCGCUGCUUUGCUGUUGUCAAGACUGACAGAGAAAACGAUUGCUACGACUGACAUCGGAUUCGAGUCUGUGAAUCUUUGGACGGAUUCGCAGAUUGUGCUCUGCAGGAUAGGUAAACCAGCUGGUAUGCUGCAGCAGUAUGUUUCAAACAGAGUUGGUGAGAUUCAGCGCAUCACCAAUUCCUUCAAGUGGAGAUACAUACCGACGCAGGAGAACCCAGCAGAUAUUAUUUCGCGCGGCAUACUUCCUCGAAAAAUCCUGCAGAACCCGAUGUGGUGGGGUGGCCCACCUAUGCUGAAGAAGGCGAUGAUUGAAAACGUGCAACCUGAACCGAUUGAUGACGAAAACUUGCCAGAAAUGAGAGCUGUGAUCUCGCUAGUUGCGACUAUUCCAGUGAAGCAAUUGACAGUUUUUGAGCGAGCAAACGAUUAUGACAAGACGAUAAAGGCAAUGGCUUACUUCGUUCGCUUUGCGAAGUUCAUCAUCAGCAAGAGACAGACAGUGUUGAAAGGUCCACUCACCAUCCUGGAAUUGAGAACUGCAUUGGUGGUAACAGUGCGGUGCGUACAGAAGGAAGUGUUUCAACCAGAAUUACGAGCGAUUGCGGAAGGCGGCCAAUCCAAGCACCGCCUGUGCGGUUUAAAGCCAUUCAUCGAUCCACGGGAUGGACUUUUACGAGUGGGAGGCAGAAUCAAAAAGCCGACAUCAGAUGUUGCUGCCAGCUGGACACCCGUUCACGGCAGCACUAGUACGGAAUUUGCACCUGACGAACCUGCACAUUGGACAGAAAGAGCGAAUCCACAGAAGACAUCUCAGCUGAUGGGCGAUUUGCCGUCGUACCGAAUCCAGCCUGCGCCGACGUUCGCAUACACCGGUGUGGACUUCGCAGGCCCGUUUAUGGUGAAAUCGUUGACUACAGCAAAGAAACCUCUAGUAACAAAGGCUCUGUUCAUCUGUAUGCUGACGCGGGCGAUCCAUGUGGAGCUAGUAAAUGAUUUGUCUACAGUUGCCUUCUUGGCUGCCUUGCGGCGAUUUUCCAGUCGUCGAGGACUACCAAAGAAGAUUUUAUCCGACAACGCUACCAACUUUGUUGGGGCUCAGAACGAGUUAGAGGAGUUGGGACGUCUGUUCGAGGACCAGCAACAAACCAAGAAGAUCACCGAAUAUUGCAGAAAUGAAGGAAUUGAAUGGUCUUUUAUACCGCCCCGAAGCCCCCACUUCGGCGGUAUUUGGGAGGCCGGAGUGAAGCAGGUGAAGCACCAUCUGACACGAAUCGUUGGAGGACGUCAACUGUCGUACGAAGAGCUCUACACAGUGCUGACUCAAAUCGAAGCUGUUCUAAAUUCGCGACCGUUGGUGCCGUGUUCUGAUGAUCCGAGUGAUCUUACCGCGAUCACCCCUGCUCAUUUCCUGAUAGGCCGCGAGAUGAAGGCUGUGGCCGAACCGUCUUACCUGCAUCUGAAACAGUCAACGUUGUCGCGGUGGCAGCAUGUCCAGGCAAUGUUUCAACAAUUUUGGCGAAGAUGGACAGCUGAGUACCUACCGGAGCUGCAGAAUAGGUCGAAAUGGACUAAGAAAAUUGAUGUUCCAGUAGGUGCCAUGGUAUUGAUGAUCGAUCGAGAUGCCUCACCUUUUCAGUGGCCACUGGGAAGAGUGUUGGCAGUACACCCGGGGAAGGACGGCGUAACCCGCGUCGUUACUGUGAAGACAUCGAAAGGCGAAUACAAACGGGCUAUCACCGAGAUUCGAACCUCCCAGUCUAUAGUCGAAGCUUAUUGGCUGAACUCUCCUCGUAAAGGUCAUAACGGAGCAUUUGUUGGGGUUUGCGCUCAAUCCAUUGUUCUCGACGAACCUCUCAAAAUUGUCCAAAUCCUGCUGAAGCAGAUGACAGUCAGCGAUGUGUUUCACUGCCUGGAAAAUCUUUACAUCAUCCGCGUAAAUAAGCACUACUGCGUUGGUCAAGAAUGA